AUGGUCAGUGUUCCACAAGAGGAACCCUGGACCUGUGAUGCUGUGCACAUGAUGGGCACCGGAGGAUCAGGCUACAUGUAUGAACCUCACAGGCUCCCUGAGCAGGUGAACCUCUUUGACCCUAAGGUCAGUGCAUCUGAACAUGAGCAUACCACUGCUCAUCCCAGCCAGUUUCCUUCCCGACACUUCGAAGGAAACUGUAAUCAUUCCAGAUAUAAUUCUGAAGCUGAUGCGGCCUUGGACACUAGCUCCCAGAUCACCAACCAGGACGCAAAGGAGAAGGAGGAAGUUGUGGAGGAGCCAGAGAAUGGAAAAGGCGCCCCUGGUAAUGGGAAUGUUAAUGAGGAAAAUGGGGAGCAGGAGGCUGACAAUGAGGUGGAUGAAGAAGAAGAAGAGGGUGGUGAGAAAGAGGAGAAGGAAGGUGAAGGUGAGGAAGAGGAUGGAGUUGCAGAUGAGGAGACUGAGGCAGCCACAGGCAAACAGGCAGCUGAAGAUGGCGAGGAGGAUGAUGUAGAUACCAAGAAGCAGAAGACGGAUGAGAACGACUGGACAGCAAAAACGGAAAGUUAA